AUGCCCGUGCAACUCCUCCCGGCUUCAGCGCAGGCCUUUGCGCCUCGAUCUGGUCCGGAAAUCGUUCUCAACACCAAGGUUGAGCCUUGGUUGACACAGACGUUGAAGCGUAUCAACCGGAUCAAGCGCCCCCUCAACAGCGUUCCACAACACUUUCGUUGUCUGACAGAGACACUCGGCGGCCCCAACGCGAUCUGGACGCUUGCGUCCCUCAUGCUGCCCAAGGCACCCGAUAGCGAGCUGCGCAAAGACUCCAAUCCACUUGUAGAAGCGCUCUUCAACCACCAGUUCAUCCACCUCGAGGCCUACAUCGUACACGUCGACAUGGUUUCCCAACACGAGGUUGCCUUCAAGCUCACUCCCGAGACCAUCGAACUCUUGGUCGACUACCACAAGGACAUCUACUCGGUCGAUGCAUCAGCAAGCACCUGGAGUUGGCCAGAGAAGGAAGCGCAGGUCAAGAAGAUGCAGGAAGAGUUCGUCCAGGCCGCGAACAAGUUCGUCUUCAGGACUGCUGUUCGGGCCUUGGAAGGCAUGGAGGAGGAUGGCGCGGGCGAACUGCUCGAGGGUCGCUCGGAAGAAGUCAAGAACGCCAUCAUGAAUCUCUUCCUCCCUCUGCUGCCUCCGCCACCGCGAAUCGUCGAUGUCAUUCACCCGCCGACAAUCCUUCCCAACACCUCCGUUCCAGGCCACUGGUGGGCCCCGCAGCAAUCCAUGGCACCGGCGCAUCCAGCGCCCGUGGACUCGUGGAAAGUGCUUCCGUCGACACCGUCGCCCACCGCCACCUCGUGCAGCGACAAUCCACCGAGCAGUUUCUGGCAAGAUAUGCACUUGAACCUCGUGCAGCUGCCUUCGCCGACACCUUCCUUCAGCCAGCCGUACACUGCGGCACCCUCUCAAUAUUACGGCUCGCCCGAGUGUCUUGCACCGAUGCCGGCCAUGUCGUUCCCGAGCUCGAUGCCGCAGCAUUGUGCGACGGACGUCGGAAUGGGCGGUUUCAACGAUUUCGGUUGGAGUCAAGGCCACUUCGCCCCUCAGUACGCCACCACAGUAUGA